GGCGCCUUUCGCGCGGGACGUCCAUAAUUUGGUCCUACACAUUCCUGUUUUAUGCUACGUUAUAUAAUCGAGCCGAGCUUUCUGCGGCCAAAUUAGGAAUGCGCGACGUUACGCAACAACUACCCCCGUGAAAAUGAAAAAGCAACAAAAUAUGACCUAUCAAUUGAACUGAAAGGGGUCCGAUUGUCGCCAAUAUUGUAUAAACCGUCACAGAUCGCGUCGGGCUACUGGUACAUCUGGCACCCCUACUCCCCUCUCAAGUUCUACUGGGAGUGCUACAAGCUCGUCGUAUUCUGCAUUGCUUUCUUCUACAUGCCGCUGCUCGUGUUCAUGUAUUGUCCUGAUAUAUACGACAAGUUCGUGCUGUUCAGCGACCUGACGGCGUUCAGCGAGAUAAUAGUGAACUUCCUGACGGGUCGAAUCAGUGAGGACUGCAAGACGGUCAUUUUGAAUCCUCGCAAAAUCGCCCUUAGAUACCUUCGGUCAGAUUUCUGCGUGGAUCUUAUCGGCGCUCUACCUUUGCAGGUAUACAUCGAAAAUAUUUUGUAUCUCCGUGAGACUAACAUAGAUAAUUUGUAUGACGACAAUGCGUAUGCGGCCAAUGGGUUAGCAACACGGUUCAACAGGGCCUUUUUGUCUAAGCCCCCGUAACGUAGGCUUG